AUGGCUGGCCUAACACAUCAACUUUCGCUGAAAGAGCUCUGUGCCGUGGUGAUAUGUGCAUGGUUGCUGUUUCGAGUCUUUCUGGUGACCAAAAGAGUCGUCUUGACGCCAUUACGACAUGUUCCCGGGCCUUGGUAUGCGCCGUGGACGAACCUCUGGCUGAAAUAUCAGGUCAUGACGGGGAACCGAUCACAAUAUAUCCAUUCUCUCCACCAAGCCUAUGGACCGUUCGUGAGGAUAUCGCCCGACGAAAUCGCCGUCGCGGAUCUGCCGAGCAUCAAACACGUCUACCGCGUAGGCAGCGACUUUCGCAAGGCCGACUGGUACCAGAAAUUCAACGAGAGCGCUCACCCGGGCCUGUUCUCCAUGAUCGACGCGAAACAGCACGCCGCCAGACGUCGACUGUUUGCACAAAGCUUUUCCAACUCGUCCAUCGUCAAGUUCGAGGCCCAAAUCCGACAGAAAGUCGACACGGCGAUUUCCAAGAUCCGCCGCGAUGCCAGUGCCACUCACGCCGACGGAAAAGGAAGAGCAGAUCUCCUGAGGUGGUUGACUUUCAUGGCGACCGACGUGAUUGGUGAACUGAGUUUCGGGACGUCUUUCAAUAUGCUGGAGCAAGAAAAGAAAACGCCAUAUAUUCGGGACCUGGAAACGACCAUGAUGAUCGCCGGCAUCCGUGCCGAGUUGGGCUUCUUGGGCCCCUUGUUGCGCGUCGCGAAACACAUACCUGUCGGGCCCGUGCAGAACGCUCUCACGCUCAACGACCGCAUGGACGAGUACGGACUGGCUGCGAUCGAGAACCACAAACGGCAUGUGAUGGCCGCUUCUCAAAGCAACGACAAUGGCCAGAUGUCUCCUUCAAACAGCAACAGCAACAGCAGUCUCUUCUCCAAGUUCCUCGACCCGACCCGCAAUCAGGAGCUCUCGUUGCCCCAGAUCUCCGCGGAGGCGUCCAACCUCAUCGUCGCCGGCAGCGACACCACGGCCGUGUCGCUGACGUACUUGAUCUGGUCGGUCCUCCGGCCCCGACACCGGAACGUCAAGCAAAAGCUGCUGGCCGAGAUCGAGUCGUUGCCGAUCGACGCGUCGCUGGCUGAGAUAUCUCAACUCAAGUACCUCCAGGCCGUGAUCAACGAGUCUCUGCGGUUGUAUGGCGCCGCCCCCGGUAGUCUGCCCCGGGUGUCUCCUCCAGGAGGCGCCAAGUUGGGCGGCCGGUACAACAUACCCGAGGGCACCAUUGUCGGUGCCCAGGCCUUCACCGUGCACAGAGACGGAGCAAUAUUCCCGGAUCCCGACAGCUUCAUCCCUGAACGCUGGGAGCAGCCUACAGAGGCCAUGAAGGACGCUUUCUUCCCGUUUGGAUUGGGUUCUCGAGUCUGCCUAGGCAUCCAUCUCGCCUCCAACGAGUUGUUGCUCGGAGCGUUUGUGUUUUUCAAGACUUGUCCCACGGCCGUGCUGGCUGAGUCGACCACCGACAGUUCGAUGGAGAUGGAGAAUUACUUCCUGAUAGCGCCCAGGGCGCAUCGCUGCGAGGUGACGACCAAGGGUUGA